AUGAAUACAAAGAAAAGCCAAAGUCUAAUUUUAUAGGGUAUUUGCAAGAGAAUCUUGUGGUGGAUAACUAAUUUAACAACCCUGGAAAACUCCCCACCAUUUUCCCUCUCUUAUCCCAUCCCCUCACAAUCAAACUCCCAUCAUCAAUGGCGAGUCUAAGCUUCAAUUCCACAAGAAUCAAAAACCCCAUCACCACCAAAACCAAAAUCCCUCUCUCCAAAAAGCAAAAUCACCCACCACACAUAAAAAAUCUCACGAAAAAAAACCCCAACUUCCCAACUUGCUUCUCAGUCUCCGGAAGCUCAGUUUCUUCCACGCCAUUACAACCUGAAACUGGGAAUUCCAUCAAUGGCGGCUUCGACGAAGACGAAGUAGACGACGACCCCACCUCGGAACUGAGCUAUCUCGACCCGGAGACGGAUCCGGAGAGCAUCACGGAGUGGGAGGUGGAUUUCUGCUCUAGGCCGAUUCUUGAUAUUAGGGGGAAGAAGACUUGGGAGCUUGUGGUUUGCGAUGUGUCGCUUUCGCUGCAGUAUACCAAAUAUUUUCCUAAUAAUGUUAUCAACAGUGUGACUCUUAAGAAUGCUAUCGUUUCCAUCUGUGAUGAAUUGGGCUUGCCUUUGCCUGAGAAAAUUAGGUUUUUUAGGUCUCAGAUGCAGACAAUUAUCACAAGAGCUUGCAGUGAACUUGGUAUAAAACCUAUUCCGAGUAAACGGUGUUUGUCUCUGGUUCUGUGGCUUGAAGAGCGUUAUGAAACUGUAUACACUCGACAUCCUGGUUUCCAGAAGGGAUCAAAACCACUUCUUGCACUCGAUAAUCCUUUCCCUAUGGAACUUCCAGAAAAUUUAUAUGGAGAAAAAUGGGCAUUUGUUCAGUUACCUUUUUCAGCUGUCCAAGAAGAGGCGUCGUCCUUGGAGACAAGAUUUGCUUUUGGUGCUACCUUAGAUUUGGAUCUUCUCGGGAUUGAAGUUGGUGACGAAACAUUAAUUCCUGGGCUUGCAGUUGCAACUUCUCGAGCUAAACCUUUAGCAGCAUGGAUGAACGGGUUAGAAGUGUGCUCGGUUGAAGCUGACACGAGUCGAGCUUCUGUGGUCCUGUCCGUUGGGAUCUCAACACGCUACGUGUAUGCCACAUACAAGAAGACACCGGUGACCACAAGUGAAGCUGAAGCUUGGGAAGCAGCCAAGAAGGCCUGUGGAGGCUUACACUUCCUUGCUAUUCAAGAUGACUUGGACUCCGACGACUGCGUCGGCUUCUGGCUCUUGUUGGACCUGCCACCUCCGCCUGUAUGAUUAUCGUAUUGCGAAAUAUUUUGAAUGCAUCUUCUUCAUCUCAGAUUCUGUAAUGAGAUGUUGCUGCUGCUUUCAGGCUUUGGGAAAUACAAAUAUUUUAUUCUUAUUGCC